AUGUUUGCAAAGGACCCAGGGCUCAAAGCCCUUGCCAAUAUUAAAUCAUCUCAAAGAAGAAAGUUGGGUAAUGAUGUUGCGGAAACUUAUCGUGUUGCAGAACCAUUGAAGCCAGUAUUGGCACCAUCUUCGGUGAAACUGGCCACUUACAAAAGUCCACUAGGCCAUUCAGGAACAAUUUUCACUGAUGAAGAAUCAAUACCUAUAUAUUUCAAAACUAAGGAUUCUGUGUUGAUGCCGACAGUUUAUACUUUAUGGAGAGUUCCUGGUGUGUUGCCAGUUGUUUUGACCAACUCAUAUGUGAUCAAGAAGAUCGAAGGGGGGGCAAACUUGAUGUUACCAGGUACCAUCCCUCCUUUUGAUCCGCGUUGUGUUGCGGGAAGCGUUGUUGGGAUUGCUUCUUAUGAAGAGCCUUUAGUAAUCAUGGCGGUGGGGACAUGCCAGUUGAAUUUGACAGAACAUACAUCAGUGCAAGGGAAGUCAGGGAUUGCUGUGAAUGUUUUGCAUUAUUAUGGUGAUCAUUUGUCACAUGUUAGUAAAAAAAAUAUUCGGCCACCAACUAAUGAGGAUCUUGAGCAGGUUGUUGAAAGUUUGAAUAGUGUGGAGUCAGAUGAGUCCCAAUUAGUUGAAGGAACUGAAAGUUUGGCUCUAGACGCACAGGUGGAUAAUGAAACUUCGGAAGAAGUACCAGAAAGUGAUGCUACUGUUGAUGAUAAUUCAAAAAAAGUGGAAGAGGACAAUGAACUUUCAAACAAUAAGCCAGAAGAAGUUGGUACUUUGAGUACCACAGAUAUUGAUUAUUUGUUCAAAAGAGCGUUCUUAAUGACCUUAUAUCAGGAAGAAGUGAAGCCUCCAGUUAGUGCGACCACAUUCGUUUCUAAUUUUCUUCUAAAGAAUCUCCCGUAUGUUCCUUCUUCUUUGGAACAUGUGGUUGUAAUGAAGAAAACCUCUUGGAAGAAAUCUGCCAAAUUCUUUAAAGAGAUGGAAAAGGCAAAAUAUUUAAAAUUGAAGGGUAAAGAUGAUAACUUAACAAUCAUUGAAGUAGUAAAACGAUCUACUAAUGAGGAAGUGAGAAAUUUUGUUCCUCAUAAAAUCAAAAAACCAGGCAAUAAAACACAAAAUACAUCCACUCCUGCUGCCAGUGGCUCGGCGCCAGUCCAAUCUAAGUCCACUAAAGGCAAUAGCAAACUCAAUAUUAUCAUUCUUCACAAACCAAACUCCAAGUCUAGACCGUUUUUUGAUAAUCUUCAAGAAGAUUUCAAUCAUUAUUACUCACCUAAAGAUCUUACAACCCUCAUGAAUGCCUACAUUGCCAAAAACAAGUUGGUUAACCCAAAGAACAAAAAGAUGAUCAUUCUUAACGAUUUCUUGAAUGACUUGAUCAAUGGCGGGAACCCCAACCUGCGAGCCCUUUCAAGAGAUAAAAUCGUACCAGCAUUCUUAAAAUAUUUCACGCAAUGCUACAAAAUUCUUCCAGGAAAUGUCUCGUUGGAUACUAUCAAUCUUGCAGAUGAGCCGCCUAUUAAGGGAACGGUGCCGAAGAUUCAAAUUGUUUCAGAAUACAAGUUAGGCCGCAAGAUCAUCACUAGAACGUCUAACUUUGAGAAAUUUGGAGUGGUAACCCCCGAUGCCUUGGCACAGUAUUUAAGGGUCAAGUGCUCAGGAUCGACAACCAUUGGUACAUGUAAAGAAAACCCAAAACUUGCAGAGGUAACGGUUCAAGGACCUCAUAUUAAAAUCGUCACGGAGUUUUUCAUGGAUAAAGGUAUUAGUGCUAGUUAUAUUGAAUCCACUGACAAAACAAAAAGUAAUAAGAAGAGGUAG